UAAAGUUGUCCAAAAGUACAUUGGUGUGCCACACCAGACCCUUGCUGGGGCCAAGGUCAGAAUGAGGGGAAAGUGCACUGGUCAACAGUUAACAAACUAGCCAACCUGGUCGAUGAGAUAGGAUGCCACACCUUCAAAGGGGCCUAUCUUCUUAGGGAAGUGUUUCUUGGAAAGCUGGACUAUAGUAUAAAAGGCCAUGUCAAAGAAUAUUUUUCUGAAUUGGUAAGGGAGUUUGAAUGCUAAGAGGAAAGUUCCAUUAGUGAUUUUAGAAGAAAACAUAGACUUUAAGGGAGGGUUUUAUUCUAACUUGGAUUGAACUAUUAUGAUUACCCUAUAAUUUAAUAGCAACUUACCAUAUAUUUAUUUCCUGACAUUAACUUGAGAGUGACUAUCCACACAGUACAAAGUAUGGCUUCAAUUUUACCUGCUUCCAAUAAAUCCAUGGGAUCUGACAGGAAUAAAUAUGUUGGAAAAAGAUUUGUUCAUGUUAAAAAUCCUUACCUGGAUUCUAUGGAUGAAGACAUUCUCUAUCACUUGGAUUUAGGAACAAAAACACACAACCUACCGGCAAUGUUCGGAGAUGUAAAGUUUGUCUGCGUUGGUGGGAGCCCCAAGAGAAUGAGAGCGUUUGCACUGUUCAUGCAGAAGGAGCUCGGGCUGGAGGGAAGCGGGGAGGACGUGGAGGACCUCUGCGCUGGGACCGAUAGAUACUGCAUGUACAAAACCGGGCCCGUGCUGGCCGUCAGCCAUGGCAUGGGGAUUCCCUCCAUGUCUAUCAUGCUUCAUGAACUUAUCAAAUUACUGCAUCACGCCCAGUGCUCUGAUGUUACCAUCAUCAGAAUUGGUACAUCAGGGGGAAUAGGGAUCGCACCGGGGUCUGUUGUAAUAACAGAUACAGCUGUGGACUCCUUCUUUAAGCCCAGAUUUGAGCAGGUAAUCUUGGACAACAUUGUCACCCGAAAUACUGAACUUGACAAGGAACUGGCUGAGGAACUGUUCAACUGCAGCAAAGAAAUUCCCAACUUCCCAGCUCUCAUUGGACAUACAAUGUGUACCUAUGAUUUUUAUGAAGGCCAGGGGCGACUAGAUGGAGCAUUGUGCAGCUUUUCCCGAGAAAAAAAGGUAGAUUACCUGAAGAGAGCAUAUAAAGCUGGUGUCAGGAAUAUUGAGAUGGAAUCUACAGUGUUUGCAGCCAUGUGUAGGCUUUGUGGCCUAAAAGCUGCUGUGGUCUGUGUGACACUUCUGGACAGACUAAAAUGUGACCAGAUCAACUUGCCGCACGAAGUUCUGGUGGAGUACCAGCAACGGCCUCAGCUCCUAAUCGCCAACUUCAUCAAACAGCGGCUUGGACUUCAUGACCAGACGUCGUAACUGGGCCAGCCCAAGUCCUCCCGGCAAGCUAAUAGUUCUAGUUGCAAUGUUGAUGUUAUACAUUAUUUGUGACAUUUUCGUAUAGUUUUCAUCCACAUGCUAAAAUCAUAAUAGAGUGGUUUUAUAAAACUCCUUUCUCCUAAGAAAAAAAAUGAAUUUAUCUUAAAAGAAUUUCAUACAUACAUUAAAUCAAAUUCAAAUUUUAUCUAAGAAGUCAGUCUAAUAAUUAAACAUUUAAGACUCCUGGAUUGUGACAUUUGGGGUUUCAUAUGCAGCAUUAAUUAAACUUACAUCAAAAUAGAUCAGCCAUUUGUAGAAAUGGUUACCAGUCACUGUUUCUGAAACCAAUCCAGAAAUUCAUGUUAGAAUGUUGUCAGGCACUUCUAGGUGUUGGACAAGUGACAGGAAUUGAUCAUGCACAUUCAAAAUAUUUACAGAAAAAAGAGUCAGUGUAAUGUAGGUUUAUGGGAAAUAUGACUGCAUUUCUUUUUUCCCCCUGCAUAAUUUCAGCGUACCACUGAGUAGGAUUAGAGGCAUGUUUGCCUUUGUUUGUGAUUUUAUCGUGAAAUAUAAUUACACGUUUAUGUUCAAGUGAAAACUCUCAGUAGUGCAAAGAUUUUCAUUUUUCUUCAGAAAUCUCAAAUAAUUAAAUCAAGUUUUUUCUUUUAAGGAAAUGUAUUUUGAGGAGGCUGUAUUUUUUAUUUUAUUUCAAUAUUUAGCUAACAAGCUGAGGAAUUAAUAACAACUGGAUUUAGACUUGAGUUCAAAAUGUUAAAGUCAUCCUUUUUUGUGACUUUGAAGUGGGUCCUGCUCACAUGCUGCCUAUACUCCUAUUCAAGGAGACUGUCUGGGAGGCACAGCGUCACUUACAGGUGCACCCUGCUCGCUGAGCGGUGCCGCCCAGGGGUUCUCCUAAAGCUGACACAUGAAGAGGUCAGGAGGCGUAGAUGGAGGAUGGGUGGAGGAGGGAUGACAAUUUUGUAUAGUGUGUCACAUUGUGUACAUAUAUUUAUAUGGCUGUAACUAAAAUAAAGUUGAUUUCAACCAUGACAGAGGUUAUUUG